AUGCAAAACGAUGACAACUCAAACAAUAAAAACAAUGUCGAAUUUGAUGGCGAAAUCGAAGAGAUUUCCAACCUUAAUGGAAUAUAUCAAAUUGAAGAUUUAGACUUAUCUGAUUUUGAUGAAACGACUCGAAUAAAUCGGAAGAAUCUUAUGCGUGGGCGUGAUGUCGUGACACGAUUUCUGCAGAUUGUCGAGAGUCAACAUGUUCUGGGCGGAAAUUGCACUGCAGGAACUGCACUUAAUCUAGGCGAGGGUGUGGUCGAUCGAUAUGCCCAGGAUCGGUUUCGUGUCGAAGCUGAAGUUGCUGUUAAUCGUGCGAAUAUGCUAACACGGAUUUUUAAAUUGACAUCGCCAGAUGUAUACGAAAACAUAAAUCUGCUACAUGCUUCAGUACUCUCUAUGGUAGAGUUCGAUGAUGACAUUUUCGCAGCUGGGCAUUGCUUUGACUGGAAUCAAUACUCGAGCAAAAAAGGACUUUUUUGUCCCUUCGCUCAUCGACUUCCGCCACCUGAAAUAGCAAGCUUAGCAAAGGAUCUAGCUAAAGAGUACCAUUAUCUUGGCAACACAUCUGAAUGGUUUUUCCUAGCACGUAAAAAUGCCGAGAAAGUUAUUGCGAAAAACGAGCAAUAUAUAAAAGCCUAUCACUCGUAUACUGACGACAGCGAACGUCAUGCAGAAGAAGUAUUGUCUGUGAAAUAUGAGGAUGGAAGAUGGUCAAAACCAUAUUACGAUUGCGGUGGUGGUAACAUUUGGAUGCUAACGUAUACAGUUCCAUUCUUUGGUUACGAGAAUGGCACUUAUUUCUUCAAGGGAACAUCCGGCAUUGACAUCGAUUUACGGAGAGUCGAUAUUGAUCAAUGCCCACAGAAAAAUACUGUUGGUGCUACUGGUGUUGCGUUGCCUUUAAAUAUUUUUGCUGGCACUGAUAAGUGCAAACAAAGGACAACUGAGUGUGUGCCAAUACCUGGUCUCGGCUUUCGACGGGGCUCAUAUAAAUGUAUCUGUCGACGUGGUUUCUACUAUCCUGACGUAAAAUCAGUGUUCAAAUAUUUCAAUGGUAGCAGUUUGGAAGAAGAAUAUGCUAAGUUAAUGCAGAGCGAAGUCUCUUUUUACAACGAUCCUAAAGCUUUCGAAUGUCUGCCUUGUGCUGAAGGAUGUGACAGCUGUGAGGACGCUUCGCCAUGCGUCGCUGAACUUAAUUGGCCGAUGAGAACAAGCAUAUUAAUUUUAGCCUGCGCUAUAAUUGGAUUCCUCCCUCCAGCAGCCGUUUUUACAUUUCGCUAUCAACAAGUUAAGGUUGUGAAAGCCGCAAGUCCCGCUUUGCUUCGAGUCAUUGCAAUGGGAGCUUUCCUUAUUUAUUGUACGACUAUUGUUAUGUAUCCACCACCAUCGCUAUACACUUGUGUUGCAAAAAUUUGGUUGAGGGAAAUAGGAUUUUCCUUAACCUACGGUGCUUUGAUGUUGAAAACUUGGAGAAAGUUAAACCCCUCAACGGAAAAUAAAAAUAUUUUGAUACCGAUUCAUGUUGUUUCUUUUAUGCUUUAUGUUCUAUCCUGCAGAAUUUCUGUGAUAUUUCGUGUACGUUCAGCAAAAGCUGUAAAAAUAACUGACGCAUCGCUUAUAAAAAAGUUAGGACUUCUAUGUGGAUUUGUUAGUGUAGCACUUCUUAUACGAACUUUAGUCUCACCGCCCGAUGUCAUUGUAGGCCGUACAGCUGAUAAUUUGAAAGCAUUUCUCUGUAAGACCGACUGGUGGGAUCACACGUUUACCUCUCGUAAGGCGUUUAACAUGUGCUACAACAAUUUGAUUUCAAUUUUCCACUUACUUUCGUUUCAGUUGAAGUCUUGUUUCUGGCAUGGGGCGUUCGUCUUUGUAUCGUCGUGCGAAAAGCUCCAUCAGAAUUCAACGAGAGUCGCUUCAUAUCAAUGGCAAUCUACAAUGAAUUUCUUCUCACUUGCUUCCUCAAUGUUUCAAUGUGAGUCCUUUUCGACGCUUCUUAUCUUGUGUUUGCAAUUUUCGUUGUUUCUCCAAUCGCCCGCAAAUCCAGAUUUAUUGUACAUCAUAUUUUUCUGCCACACCCAGUUGACAGUCACUUUACUUCUUGCCUUGAUAUUCGGUAGCAAGGUUUAUCUUGUGUUUAGAAACGGUGGAAAGUCUCUGGAGGAUGCCAUGCAUAAUAAAUCAUCAACUGCUAAGUUUAUAAGCCGAUCACAACCGAGAACGUACGCAAGUGCAAGCAGUGUGAACGCAUCAACUGGUCAACUUCAUUAUCAAAACGGUGAAAGUAAAUUGAGUGAUAACGAUGUGGUUGAAGAAAUCAAGCUAUUGACGAAGCAACUGCAGAAUUUAUACGAUAGAAUACCACAAAGAGGUCCAACAACUAAUGUUAUAUUAACAUUAUUGGAUAUUUGUCGAACAGCACAAACACAAAAUACCGCAAACGCACUGACAUUACGACCGCCAACACAACCGCAAGAACAAUCAAAAAAUCUCAGUAUUUGUGAUGGCAAAAGCAGCUGCGUCGAUAAAGAAACAAACACGAGCUUCGAUAAUUUAAUGUGGCAAAAUCUCAACGAUAAUAACACUCGUGUUACGAUUUCUGAUUCAUGUGAUAACGAUAAUCAUUCCGAUCUUAAAGGCAAAGGUUGCCGAAACGUUAAAUGUUGUGAAACAAAUAACACGACGAAGACGAUAAACUGUAGUACGAGUAGCAUUAAUUUUGAUAAUUUGCAGCUUCAGUGCAUGUGUAGUAGCGAUAAUAACAGUUUAGAAGACUGUGAAAUAGAAAAUUGUGAUAAUUGUUCAUCGAAAGAUCCCCAGACAACUGCAGAAGUACAACGACAAGUUGAGCCUGGAAGUUUUCGUGAACGUCUUUUAAACUUCACCAACAGCAACACGCGUAAUGAAGCGAAUAAUCUUCGAAAGCGAAAUUCUGAGCUCGUCCUUGGAACAAGCUUUGACACGGCUUCAAUGAGUGUCGGAGUAUAUAAAGGUUGUCAAAAUUAUCGUAUUUCAUGCGACAAUAUAUUUUCCAGCAAGUCUUUUACGACAGCUUCGGCUACAUCAGCGGUGACAUCGACGAGAUUGAGCGGUUUGAACGAUAAGAACAGUAAAAGUAAUCAUUCAUUGUCUGGUGAUUCCGAUAAAGUUUCUAAAAUACCCUACAGCUUUCUUGAGCGACCGACCAUGAAAUUAUCGCAAUCGGAGGAUAAAAACCUGCGGGAAUUGAAGAUUGCGUUGUCAUCGACGCUCCCGGAUGCCAAUAAAAGCAACAACAAUAAAAUCCAAGUUAUUGAGAAUCUUAAAACUUCCUAUAACAUUACGCAACAAUCGCAUUCCUUGACGUCGUCAUCUUCAACAUCAUCAAAGGUUGACAAAGUUUCAUCGUCGUUAUCGUCAUCCUCAACAUCGGAUGCGAUUCAAAAGAAGUCGCCAUGUCAGCCUCCACAAUAUAUCGCGAAAGAUGAAAGCAAUAAACAUCUUGAAAUGGAGAACAUUAAUAAUCAAGAUGAGAGAAAUGAGGAUAAUAAUAAAAUGAUUACGACAGACUUAAAACAUACAGAUGACAAUAAAAAUUCAACGUCGUCGUCGAAUGCGAAUAACAACAAUUUAAAUGCUGGCAAUAACGAUAAUAGCAAGAAGCGUAAAACACCGGAGGGCAAAUUAGCCAUUGACCUAAACGAUCGAUCGAAAUUUACCGAAGAGGUUUCAGUUUGA